AUGACGUUAAUAAAUUUAAAUAAAAUUACUAGGAACGCAUUUAAAAGUCAAAUUAAUGCAUUAAAAAAUAAAAAUAUACCAAAUAGUGACUUAAAAUAUAUUGCAAGAAGAAAAUAUAGUACAAUUCAAAGAGUUAAUUUAUGUGUAGAAAAAGAAAAAAGUUCAUUUUUUAUGAAUAAUAGAAAUGUUAGUAGUAGCAGAAUUUGCUUAAAUAAAAAUAAUGAUUUUUUUGAAGGAGAACAUUUAAAUAGAAAAUUAGGUGGAUAUGGCUAUCCAAUGAUGUUUAUUGUUACAUAUGACAAGCCAAGUUGGCAACCUUUUUGGGAAAAUGAUUGUGAAGUUAUACCGAGAGAUGAGUUUGGAGUACCUGCUAGUUUACCACCAGAAGUAUCAACAAAAAUUAAACAUACCUAUUACGUCCCGCCUCAAUUUUAUACAUUUUUAAAAAAACUAGGAGAUGAUACAGAAGAAUUAAAACCAUAUAUGACAAAAUUAAUCAAAGGAGAAUUUACAUAUGAUGAUUACCAAGAAAUGUUUUAUAAAUUUGCAAAACCCUUAAAAAUUUAUAGAAAAAAAAUUCCAGUCCCUUAUAGGACAGCUGAAGAAAUGGCAAGAGAAGAAGAAAUGAAAUGGCAAUCUGCUUGGUAUACUUAUAGACAAAAAGUUUUAGCAGAAUAUAAUGUAACAAUGUGCUUAAGAGAAUUUAUUAUGUAUAUGGCUUUUGGGUUAUAUUUUGCUUAUUUAUGGUUAGAUGCAUUAAGGCAAUAUCGUCUUGAUAUGAAACUUUUUUACUUAGAAGCACCAGAGCAUAAGAUUAAUUGGGUGAAGCCAAGAGGAGAUUUAGUAUAA